AUGGCCGAAAAAUCUGGACAUGGCGUUGAGAUACAGAAUGACAGUAUACAGCGUGACAUUCUGAGCUCCCAACUAAGUAUGCCGACCGUUAAGGUGUCAUACUGGACUCUGUUUCGCUAUGCAUCCAGACAAGAGCUUUCCAUUCUAGGCCUGGCUGCUUCCUGUGCUGCUGUCUCUGGAGCUGUGACACCUCUCAUGACUCUCGUGCUUGGAUCCUUGGCUGGACAAUUCACUGGCUUUCAAGAUGGAUCAACGGCAGUAUCAGAGUUCAAUCAGCGGCUUUCCAGACUCGCUCUUUAUUUCGUUUAUCUGGGCAUUGGAUCCUUCGUUACCGUCUUCAUUUCUAUCCAAGGCUUCUCCUUUGCUGGGGAAGCAAUUACGCAAAGAACUUGUGAAGCAUACCUCCAAUCUAUCAUGCGACAAAACAUUGCUUUCUUUGACAAGGUCGGGGCUGGGGAGGUGGUCAGUCGUAUAACCGGCGACAUGAACAUGAUCCAGGACGGAAUAUCUCAGAAAUUGGGCCUCACGGUAGCAGGAGUAACAACCUUUUUCGCAGCCCUCGCCGUGGGCUUUGUUAGGUCCUGGAAGUUAACACUCAUCAUGCUAUCCGUGACCGUUUUGAUCAUCCUCAUUAUGGGAGGUGCCGGAAAGGGAAUGAAGAAAUAUCAGAUACAAGCAAAUGACGCUUAUGCUGUCGGGGCCACCGUUGCCGAGGAAGCCUUUACUUCUAUUCGAAGCACGACUGCCUUUGGUACGCAGCCAUGGCUGGCCAAACAGUUCGGCAUGCAUCUGGACAACGUCAGGCGUUUCGAUUUCAAGAGUAAGGCCUUUUUGGCAUUCAUGAUCGCCGCGAUGAUGGCCAUCCUGAGUUUUCAGUACGGUCUAGCCUUUUGGGAAGGAUCGCGGUUGCUACACGACGGCAGCAUUUCCGUCUCGAAGAUCAUCACGGUCAUUUUCUCCUCCAUGCUGGCUGGAGUCUCCAUCGGACAUGUAGCCCCACACUUCGGUGCCUUUGCAACGGCGACUGCUGCAGGUCAAAAGAUAUUUCACGUCAUUGACCGGAAGUCACCCCUGGAUCCGAUGUCAGGGACAGGCAAGAGGCCGGCAAGUGUGGAUGGCGAGAUCUUCUUUCGGAAUGUGCGACACGUUUACCCGUCACGCCCAGACAAGGUAGUCCUCAAUGACUUGACUCUUGUUGUUCCUUCUGGCAAAGUCACCGCUGUCGUGGGCGUGUCGGGGUCCGGCAAGUCUACUCUGGUAGGACUGUUGGAGCGGUUCUACCAACCUGUCGGGGGCGAGAUCAGUCUCGAUGGAUGGCCCCUGCAGGAACUGAACCUGCAUUGGCUUCGGGGACAGAUUGCCAUCGUCAGCCAAGAGCCUGUCCUUUUCAACACCACGGUAUACGAGAACAUUCGCUUCGGACUGUUGGGGACGAACCUUGAGGAUGCACCUAAAGAGAAAGUUGCUGGUCUGAUUGAAGAGGCCGCCAGAAUAGCAAAUGCGUUCGACUUUAUCUCAAACUUGCCAGGUGGGUUCCAGGCUCGUGUUGGGGAACGCGGAAUGCUCCUUUCUGGUGGUCAGAGACAACGAAUUGCAAUUGCACGGGCGGUGGUGUCGAAUCCGAAAAUCCUUCUUCUGGAUGAGUCUACUGCGUCGUUGGACCCGCAGGCCGAGCGCAUUGUGAGAGUCGCACUCGACGCUGCUUCUAAAAAUCGAACCACUCUCGUGAUCGCCCAUCGACUUUCGACCAUCAAGCAUGCCGACAACAUAGCGGUUCUCAAUGCGGGGAUACUCGUCGAGCAAGGCACUCAUGACGAGCUUGUGCGGAAUCGAGGGGUCUACCACUCGCUGGUGGAGGCUCAACAAAUCGAAUCAAAUUACCCAUCUGAAGGAAUCGAUUUCCAAGACGGAGGCAUUCUGGGUACCGAGAACGCAAAAGAAUCAGACUUAAUGUCGACUCAAAUCUCAGCGGACGGGACAUCUCCACAAGACAAGGAUCAGCCACAUUACAGUCUCUGGGAGCUCAUUAAGUUCAUAUGGUCCCUCAAUCAACAUGAACAAUUAUGGAUGGCACUUGGACUUACUGUCUCGAUGGGCUCGGGUACCGGGUACUCCAUAGUCGCCAUCUUCUACGGAAAUUCAAUCAUCUCGCUGGUAAACCCCACUGCCAGCACUGGCGGUCACGAUAUCAAUUUCUGGUGUGCGAUGUUCCUCAUGUUGGGACUGGCCCUAUUUCUCCUAUACAUGGUCCAGGGCAUGACCUUUGCCUGGACAUCUUCUCGACUGAUCCGUCACACCAGAGACUUGACCUUCCGCGCAAUACUUCGUCAAGACAUGACUUUCUUCGACAUGAAGGGAAAUGGGUCCGGGGCACUAUCGUCCAUGCUUUCCACGGAGGCCGCCAUGAUAGCUGGAAUGAGCGGAGCGACGCUUGCCGCUCUCCUCAACUUCAUUGUGUCAAUCAUUUCAGCGAUUGCAGUAGCUUGUUCUUUUGGCUGGAAACUCGCUCUUGUUUGCACCUCGACGAUGCCGCUUCUUCUGGCUUGUGGGUUCCUCCGAACUUGGGUCAUGGCUGAUUUGGAGAAACGAACAAGACGCCAGACCGAAGCAGCUGGAUUCGCUUGUGAAGCUGCAUCCGCCAUCCGUACAGUGGCGUCGCUAAGGAUGGAACGAGAUGUCUGCUCCCGGUACAGCCAGAUGUUGAGGCAGCAGACAAAGCAAGAUUUUCGGUCAUUGCUUUUAUCUUCCAUGCUUUACGCUACGUCGCAGUCCCUCAUAUUCUUUGCGAGCGGCCUUGCCUUCUGGUAUGGAGGCACCUUGAUUGCGAGUGGAGAGUACACAGUGAAACAAUUCUUCGUGUGCUUCGUUGCCGUCAUCUGGGGUUCUCAAGCGGCUGGGGCUAUAUUUUCGUAUGCCGGGGACAUAAGCAACGCGCGCGCAGCGGCCGCUCGAGUGAAGUCUCUCCUCAGUCAAACGCCGAGUAUGGAUUCGUGGUCAGUCACAGGCAAGGAUAUACAGGUGGGUCUCAAGGGCCGCAUUGAACUCCGCAACGUGUCCUUCUCCUACCCUACGCGUCCAGGUCGACUUGUUCUCAAGAAUGUCACCCUCACGGCCGAGCCGGGACAGUUCAUCGCGCUCGUGGGAGGAAGUGGCAGCGGCAAGAGCACAGUCGUCUCGUUGCUAGAGAGGUUCUACGAUGUCGUGUCUGGAGGGAUCUACGUGGACGGUAACGACAUCUCGACAUACCAGGUCCAGAACUACCGGAGCCAGCUGGCGCUCGUGAGUCAGGAAACGACACUACACAUGGGAACCAUCAAAGACAAUAUCCUCGCCGACAAGGAGGAUGCGUCCGAGGCUGAGAUUAUUCAGGCUUGCAAGGACGCCAACAUCUACGACUACAUCCUCUCUCUUCCAGAUGGAUUGAACACCUCAGUUGGCACCAAAGGCAGUCUGCUCUCCGGUGGGCAACGUCAACGCAUUGCCAUAGCGAAAGCCUUACUGCGAAAUCCCAAAAUCCUGCUCCUGGACGAGGCCUCAUCUGCGCUUGAUUCAGCCUCGGAGGCGGCCAUACAGGCGGCUCUUGACCGCGCCGCAAAAGGCCGCACGACAAUUGCCGUCGCACAUCGAUUGAGCACGAUCCAGCACGCGGACGCGAUCUAUGUGUUUGAGCGGGGGACCGUGGUGGAGCGUGGAAACCACGCAGAGUUGAUGUCCAAGGGUGGGAGGUAUGCUGAGCUGGUGCGCUUGCAGGAGAUUAGUCUAGGGUGA